GGUAGCACAGGGGGCCGGGCUCUCUAUCAGUUCCGAGACCGUAAACCAUUCUCCCGCCCAACACUUCGAUUCACGUCCCAUUAUUGUAAGGACAAACUUUUUGGAGCCCAUAACACACACAGCACACUUUAUAGCUUUUAUAUCGUCGUGUUCCAUUUCCACGCCGCUUCUGUAUACAUUGUAUUUUUAUUUCGUUUGUUUUGGUUCUCCUCUUUAAUAUUAUUAUAUUAUUAUAUUAUUACGUCGUCGUCGCCGUCGUCAUUAUUAUUUGUUUAUUAUUUUUUUUUAUUCGCAAUAUUUUAAUAUAUUUUUCCGUUUAUUACGCAUUGCAAUAUUACAAUAUUUGAUUUUUUUCACCGUUCUCGCCGGCCCGCCAAAAAUAUUUACGACAGACGUAUAUUUAUAAACACGCCAAACGCGCGGAAAAUCGUAUUUUUAAUCGCGUCGAAAAAAUGCAUGCUAAACACCGGUCGUUUUAUAUUUUAACCGCCACAGUUUUUCGUUGCACGGUAUUCGAUUUUUGUUGAAACAAUUUUUUUUAUUUCAAUUAUCACUAUAAUAAUAGUUAUUUAAACCUCCGCGGUUUUUGUUUUGUUUGUUUGGUUUUUUAUUAUUAUUAUUUUUAUUUGAUCAAAAACACACAUUAUUCUAAACACAGUUUAUUGACGUCUACAACUCGCCAUUCAAGAGAUCUCACAGGACCAACGCAUAUACUCGAUCCAAAAUCGUCCUUGUCCGCGGAGCACUAAAUCGACGUACACGAAAAAGGGGCGGAUUUCGCGUACCCGACCAAGUGAUCGCGACGACCGUCACCAGUACCAGCACAAGCAGACCAUCCGAAUUCAGCUGCAGCAGCAGCAGAACCGUCAACCGCACGGGUACCGGAAAAACCGCGACCGCGGUUGGACCAGCGAGAGCGAGACAGUCGUCGGCAGUGAAUCGGCGGUAAACCGGACGACUCGUCCACCGUUGACGACUGUAAGACGGCCGCGCGUCGACGACCCGUACCAUCGUCACCGACACGACCAUCUCCACCACGACUGUAGGUUGCGCCAGCACGAGCACCACCGCUACCAGACCGACGGCCACGAUGACGGCGUGCCGCGACGUUGCAGCUGUCGGUGGCCACUAGCAGCCACAUCACUCAGCGGUCGAGCGGUACACCGCGCCGGUGCAGUGUAAUCACGGUACAUCGAGCUCCACACAUUUUCGCGACCGCGGUCCAGUUUCAGCGGCCGGCAAAGUGGAGGGCAACUGCGGCGACCUGUUGAACAUGAGCUCGUACUUUGCCAACUCGUACAUGCCUUCCGACAUGCGGAACGGCGGAGGCGGAGGGACCGGUGGAGGCCUCGUUGGAGGCGGCAGCGGCGGUGGUGGCGUGCUUGGUGGCGUUGGCGGAAUCGUCGGCGGCGGGGGUGGCGGUGGUGGUGGCGUGGUCAUGGAUCACCAUCAUCACGGCCAGCAGCACUACGUGGACAAUGCGCCGUGUGACCCGACUGCCCGGCAGGGCAUACCACCGCACCACUACGUAGGACCCACUGUCGGCGGACAGCCGCCGCAGGGCAUGCCGUACCCGCGGUUCCCGCCCUAUGACCGGAUGGAAAUUCGGCAGGCGGCCGCCGCGGCCGGCUACUACAACAACCAUCACCAGUCGUCCAUGGACGGCUACAGCAGGCCUGAGUCACCCAUCGGCGGUGGCCUGGUCGGAGGCGGUGGUGGCGGUGGCGGUGGCAUGGGCCAAAUGACCAUGAACGGCCACACGCCCGUCGUGUACGCCACGUGCAAGCUCCAGGCCUCGGUGGCCAACGGUCUCGUCGAACCGGGCAGCCCCACCGAUAUGGUCGACAUGACCAACCACCACCAGCAGCAGCAGCAGCAGCAGCAGCAGAUGACGGCCGCCGGCCACCACCAUCAUCAGCAACAACAGCACCACCAUUCGGCGCCGCCGCCACAGUCGCACCACCAGCAGCAGCAGCAGGCGUACUUCAGCAACCUGAGUCCGCACCACCACCAGCAGCAGCAGCAACAGCAGCAGUCCGUUGUCCCGCCGGCGCCUGGACACCACAACCAGGUCGUGGUCAACCCGCACCAGCAGACGCCGCCGCUGCAGACUCCCACCGCUCAGAAUCAACAGGCGGUCAACAACAACUCGCUGCCGAGUCCACUGUACCCGUGGAUGCGAAGCCAAUUCGAGCGGAAACGCGGCCGGCAGACGUACACCAGGUACCAGACGCUGGAGCUGGAGAAGGAAUUCCACUUCAACCGGUACCUGACCCGGAGGCGGCGGAUCGAGAUCGCGCACGCGCUGUGCCUAACCGAGCGGCAGAUAAAGAUAUGGUUCCAGAACAGGCGGAUGAAGUGGAAAAAAGAGAACAAGACCAAGGGCGGCGACGGCCAGGGCGGCGACGGUAGCGAUAUCACGCCGCAGACAUCGCCGCAGUAGUGAUAACGCCGCGACUUCGCUCGUCAUUAUUUAUAAUAUUAUUAUUAAUUAUUUUAUUUUAUUAUUAUUAAUAUUAUUAUUAUUAUUACUAUGAUUAUGAUUAUGAUUAAUACUGUUGUUGUACAUAUAAUAUGUACUCGCGUACGCGCGUGUGUGUAGAAGUGAAAUGGUCCACAGUUUUCCGAGUGCCGUACGUGCGUGCGCGAGUCACGCGCGCGUGUUGCUGCACUGCAGUGUCGUCAUUAGGGUGCGCGCACCUACGAUUUUGCUUGUUUGUGUGAGCGUUUGAGUGUGAGUGGUGCGCGUUAUCGAGAUGAGAUGUCAAGUCGUAUGUUAUACAGGACGACGGCGGAUUGUGACAUUUUUUCACGUAUAUACUUAAAACAAACAGAGAAACCAAUUUCGAAAUGAUAAUAAUAAUUAUAUAAUAUAUAAUACACUGGUCGCUCUGUAUAUCGUAUUGUAUAAUAAUAUUAUAAUAAUUGGUCACCCCAUAUUGUAAUAUUGUUACUGCGAUUACAGGGCGAUUUAGAUGGUUAACAAUAAUAUUUUUCUAUACAAUAAUCUUCUUAUUGUAAAUAUCACAUUGAAAAUAUAAACAAAAAUUUUGACAUUUCGUUCUGGGUAUAUAUUGAUAUAUACGCAUCAUAAACGUAUUUUAAAUCAUUUUUUUCAUUUUCCGAAAAGAGGAAAACGUCUUUUUAUCAAUUUUUGUCUUAUACCGACCGCAAUACUAUAUUAUAAUAAUAUAUAAUUAGGUACGUGUAAAAUUUUUCCUCGCUUAGGAAACUUGUUCUAAGAUUGUGUCUAAGUCAUUAUGUCGUAGGUUUUUUUUUAGUUCUCGUUUAAGUUUUAUUUAGUUCUAAGCAAACAAAUAAUAAACGAUAGCAAUGACGAUGUAAUAAUAAUUUAUUAAAUAUCCAAAGAAAAAUGACAUACCUAUAACGCGCGCUGGUCAACCGCGACUUACUUUCCGCUACUCGUGCCCACCCAACCACACUCGCAGACACACACUCACAUCCAUUUAAAUAUAUGAUAUAAUAUAAUAUGAAAUAUGGAUACAUAAUAUUAUGAUAAAGAGUACACUAUGUAAUAUGUUUUUAUUAUUAUUAGGUAUAUCGUAAUAAUUAAAAAAAAUAAAAAUUUUGUUACGAGCGAAUCGUCACGCGGUCGAUGAUAUGCGCUCGGGAUCUCAAAACCAGCUCAAAUAACACGUCCUUGCUAGUAAUAAUAAUAAUAAUAAUAAAUUUAAUAAUAAUGUAUAUCUAACACGCGCUUGUCUUAUCUUAACACAUACGUGUUGUACACGAUAUAUAUAAAAUAAUAUAUGCAUAGAGAUUGUGUGUACUAUCAUAUUAUAAUAUUAAGUUGUAUAUAAUAUUAUAAUAAUAUUAUGUGUGUUCGUGUUUGUUUGUGUGUGAGUGUGCGCGUGAUUAUGUCUCUAUAUAUAUUAUAUUUUGGUUUCAAAUUCCAGGACCAGUUGUUGUUUGUUUGUUUUUAUUUUUUAUUCAACUUAUAGUGCCAUUAGGAAUUAGACUGGCACCGCGAUUCGCGUCCGAUACACACGGUGUGACGGUGGCUGCGCGAUCCGAUUUUUUUGGUAUCGCCGCGGUUUUUACAUGAUAUUAUUAUGAUAAUGAUAUUUCGUUUGCGUGCGCCGCCGAUCGUUGUUUUUGGCUGUCGUUACAAUACGUCUUAAUGAGAUCACUACUAUACCAGCCAGACGCGAAUAAUAUCAUGUUGUCUAUACCAUAUAUUAUUACCUACCGAUGUUUGAACUAUGGUUGUAUCGGCCGCGACCUUCGGUCACCGCGCCGCAAUCAAUGUUUAAAUAGUAAAAUAUGCAUCCAAUAUAACACCGUGUACAAUAUUAUUACAACGUCAGUUUUUUUUCGUGCAUACAGAAUAAAUGUGGGACCCGGGGAAUCGUGCGCGCGCGAUCGGACGUGGAAUUGCGGUGAAAAUAACAAUAAGAGAAUAAUAUUAAAUAUUUAUUAUAUUAUUGUAACAAUAUAAAAUGCUAACGUACCAAAGGUGGUAUUUGCGUAUACUUUUGUUUUUGUUUUUUUAUUUAAUUUAUUUAUUUUCGUUUUAAUUAUUUUUCGUGUAAGAGAGAAAAUAUAUAAUAAGAGGAAAAAUAACGCGUGACUCAAGUACAUACAUAUAUAUUAAGUAAUUAUAUAUACGAUUAUUAUUUAUAAAUUAUUUGAAUGUGUACAUAUAUAUAUAUAUAUAUAUAUUGAAAUAAUAUGUUUAGACUUUGUAAAUUGUAAUAAGGUAAAAAAAAAAAAAAAAAAAUGUUUAUAUAUUAAUUAGAGAUCGGUCCAUGCCACUACUUGUUUACUUGUUUUCUCACACAAACUAUAUAUAUAUAUUUUUUUUUCGAAUACACAAUAAUACUAUACUUAGUAUCGUUGCGGUACACACUCUCCGCGAAUCAUUUUCGAAAAAU